CAUCCCGAGGGGCGGCGCGCCCAGCUGCAGACGAGCGUCAUGGCUGCUUGGAGACCGCCCCAGGUGGAGGAGCUGCUGGCCGAGGCCCGGCGGGCCUUCCUGGAGGAGUUCGGAGCCGAGCCGGAGCUGGCAGUGUCGGCGCCGGGCCGCGUCAACCUCAUCGGGGAGCACACGGACUACAACCAGGGCCUGGUGUUGCCCAUGGCUCUGGAGCUUGUGACCAUCCUGGUUGGCAGCCCCCGGACAGAUGGGCUUGUCUCUCUUCUCACCACCUCCAAGGAUGCAGACGAACCUCAACGACUGCAGUUCCCACUGCCCACAGCCCAGCGGUCCUUGGAGCCUGGAGUCCCACAGUGGGCCAAUUACGUCAAGGGAGUGAUCCAACAUUACCCAGCCGCACCCCUCCCUGGCUUCAGUGCAGUGGUGGUCAGCUCAGUGCCCCUGGGGGGUGGGCUUUCCAGCUCAGCUUCUCUGGAAGUGGCCACAUACACCUUCCUCCAGCAGCUCUGCCCAGGUGGCCACCCCCUGGACCCUCCCCUGGACCCCAGCUUCCCCACCUCACCCUGUGCCGCAGACUCGGGGGCAAUAGCUGCCCGGGCCCAGGUGUGUCAACGGGCCGAGCACAGCUUCGCAGGGGUGCCCUGUGGCAUCAUGGACCAGCUCGUCGCACUGCUGGGGCAGAAAGGCCAUGCGCUACUCAUUGACUGCAGGUCCCUGGAAACAAGUCUGGUGCCGCUGUCGGACCCCAAGCUGGCUGUGCUCAUCACUAACUCCAAUGUCCGCCACUCCCUGGCCUCCAGCGAGUAUCCGAUUCGGCGGCGCCAGUGCGAAGAAGUGGCCCAGGCUCUGGGCAAGGAGAGCCUUCGAGAGGUGCGGUUGGAGGAGCUUGAGGCGGGCAGGGAGCUGAUGAGCAAGGAGGGCUUCCGGCGGGCCCGACAUGUAGUCGGUGAGAUCCGGCGAACAGCCCAGGCAGCCGCUGCUCUGAGCCGUGGAGACUACAGGGCCUUUGGACGUCUCAUGGUGGAAAGUCACUACUCACUCAGGGAUGAUUAUGAAGUGAGUUGCCCUGAGCUGGACCAAUUGGUUGAGGCUGCACUCUCUGUGCCUGGGGUCUAUGGGAGUCGUAUGACAGGUGGUGGCUUUGGUGGCUGCACAGUGACACUGCUGGAGGCCUCUGCUGCCUCCCUCGCCAUGCAUCACAUACAGGAGCAGUACAGUGGCACAGCAUCCUUCUACCUCUCCCAAGCUGCCGACGGAGCCCAGGUGCUGGGCUUGUGAGGUGUUCCUGAGACCGAUGGACACACAGGCGUAGGUGUGUGUAUGCUGCAGCUCUGCCUCUGGCAUCCUCCUUCUACGUCUGGGUGCUUAAUAAACCUGUGCCUCUUA